GUCAUCAUCCCUAACUCCGCCUCCGUCGACGAGAACAUUGGCCCCGUCAAUCAAUGGAUCGCCGGCGAACUCGAGGCGGGUCGCAUUUCCGGCCCUUUCACCUUGGAACACAUCAACCGCAUCGCGCGCGGACCUAUCUACUGUUCGGCGCUCCUCGUCGUCGUCACGGCAUCGGCCCCCGGUGUCCCAAAAUACCGCAUCUGUCAGAAUUUUUCCAAGGGCGACAAAUCCACGGGCACGCCGGCCAUCAAUGACAUGACUACGAAGGAAGACUACCCCUGCCGCCUGGAUACCGUCACCCACAUCGCA